GUUCGAGAUGAUAGGCGCUCUGGCAACUCGAACAAGAAAUAAGCUGAGUGCGGCAGUCGCGCUGAAUGGUUUGGCAGCUGAUGCCGUUCUUGUAAGACGGGCAGUAGACGAAAUCGGACUGAGACGAACUGAUGGUGCGGCCGCACUGACGGCACUUGGUGACAUGGAGGACGUAGUUGCACAUGAUUGCGAUGUAGAGCGAUUUGUAACUUUCUGAGUACGAGUGAUGAUUGAAGCUGAUGGUGUCGAGUGGUGUGCGGUUUGCAGAGCGAUAAGAAGU